AGGGCAUUAGUUUAAAGCCGCCUUAUAGCUUUGGGCUUAGGCUAAUACACAGCUCCUUAAAAGUUCCAGUAACAAUAUUAAAUCGGGUGUUUUUGUUGUUUUAGAAAAGUGGAAUAUUUUGGAAGACUUUUUUUUCGGAGUUGAUAUGCUGACCUUCGUCUUUGUGUGCCUCUCAGUCACAGGUCUACAUGCCCAGUUUACAGUUACUGUUGCUAAUCCCUCAGUAAAAGUUAAGGAGAAUGAGGGAGCUGACUUGAAAUGUUCCUACACCGCUGACUUUGGAGCAAACCCCAGAGUAGAAUGGAAGUUCUUGGAUCUCAACGGCUUUCAGUCAUACGUUUACUUUGACAACAAGCCAACUGCUCAGUAUGCAAGCCGUAUCACUGUGUAUUCUGGAGGACUGAGAUUUAACAAGGUGACGCGAGCAGACACUGGAGACUAUGACUGUGAGGUGUCUGGAAAUGAUGGAUAUGGAGAGAAGACAGUCAAACUCACUGUCCUUGUGCCUCCUUCCAAGCCCGUAUCAAGAAUUCCUUCAUCAGUCACAACAGGCAGUAACGCCCUUCUUACCUGCGUCGACAAUGAUGGCUCUCCCCCACCCACCUAUAAGUGGUACAAAGACAACACUCCCCUCCCUGACGAUCCCAGCAAGUUCCCCUCUUUUAAAAACCUCACCUACAAGAUGAACGCUUUCAAUGGUAACCUGGAGUUCCCGAGCGUGUCUAAGCUGGAUAUCGGUUCAUAUUUCUGUGAGGCCACUAAUGGAGAAGGUGCCCCUCAGCGUGGUGAUGCAGUGCGGAUGGAUGUCCUUGAUGUAGACAGCAGCCAAGUGCCAGAGAGGGUCACCUUGAGCACAGAGACAGACAUUGUGCCAAGCAAGAGCACCAUGAACCACAUUCUGGAAAAAAUGUAUGGCAUAUUCAUGUUGCAAGAGGUUAAACUAAAACUAGAGAUACAAAAACUGGAAUUAGAAAUAACCAAGUUAAAACAAGAGCUGCAAAAAUGAAGUGUAGAUUCCAUUUUACAUGAUUGCUCUAAAGACCAAGAAUUUAUUUCAUAAUAGUGAUUUGAUAUUUUUUCCUUUAAUUUGAUGUAAUUUCAUUGUAAUAUGGGUAAUUAAGAGACUAGAAUUAUCUACUGUUCUUUUUUUGUUUAAUAUAUUCAACCACAUUUUGCAUAUAACAUAUUCAAACUAGCCAUUGUUUAACUUUUCUGUCAAUCAGACAAUGUUUUCUACAAUAAUUUGUCAACCAUAAUGUCCAGAUCCAUUUUUCACCUGGUGCCUCUGAUCUCCAAAGCACUUGGUCUUCGUCCAGGUCUGAGAGUGCAAGUCUUUGUUAAAGGAAAGAUCUUUACCUUAAAGGAUUUGAGAAUUCAGAGUAAAAUUUGUAGAAUUUAGAAGUCCAAAUUACAGUUUAUAUUUCUAACCUGCAUUACCUUGAAUUUUUAUUUUUGGCAUACAGUGUUAUACUUUGUUUGCUUGAAUCCUACUGUCUCCUAAUGAUGGCUUGUAGUGCAUUUUAAAAUCCAGUGAUAUUGAAAAAAAUUGUUGUUUUAAAAAAUAAACUGAUAUGGAUGAAACUA